AUGGGAUUUACUGCCACAGUAUGUCAGGCUGAUUUCUAUCGAGACAUCAGGGUACUUUGGUGGUGCUAUUUGUUUGUCUGGUCAAAAGUGCCCGAGCUUAUCGAUACCACUACAAGUGAAUACCCGGCUACUACUAAUUAUAUGGUUACGAUGAAUUAUGGCGUACAUUCAUUAAUGUAUACAUACUAUGCGUGUAUGGCCUGUGGUUGGCGGCUAUCCCGGCGCCUAAGCGUAUGCAUAACAAGCCUACAGAUCGUCCAAAUGUUUGCCGGAUUUUACAUUAAUUAUGUGGCAAUGAAUAGGAAACUCAAUGGCCAGCCGUGCGAUGUGUCGCUACAUGUGGCCAAAGCCGGGGUUACACUCAUCUUGUAA